CUUGAGGGUCUAAAAGGUUCGUGUUCUGCCCUCCGCCCUUUUCGCUGGUGCCUGAUCCUCAUUCUCUACUCUCUCUCUCUCCACUACUACUACUCUGCCUUCCCUCAAGGCCACCUGGUUCUUCCAUCUCCGUCUUCCGUCUUCCGUCUUCCCAUUCAUCCUCCUGUCCAACCAUCUUCCCCCUCUCUCCCUCUUUCUUUCUUACUCCCCACAUCUUACUUCUUGGUCGUUGUUGUUGUCGUCGUUGUUGUGCAUGUCGUCGCCCUAGGUCGGGGCUUUCAAUAAUACAUACAUUCUGCAUUUUCCCUUCCUAUGUGUCGCAUCUUUUCGUUCCCAUCGUUUCCCUCCUUUUCGUGAAUAAAUAAUUCCGAGGCUUGCGAUGCGGUCCCUCAAGUCCAAAGUUCUCUCAGCUGUCGCUUGGGCUAUUCCCGCCUGUGCCGUUGCUCUCCCCUCCUCCAGAUCCAACAACGAUGGCCAUGCCAUUCAUUCGGCUGGAGCUAAGAUAUCUCACCCAGAGAUAGUUCUCCAACCCGAUUAUGCGCAAGCAACUUUCACCAUCCCAUGUCCGGGUUGUCUUGGCCCACACGGCACGAGCCAUGGUCAUGAUGAUGACGACGACUCUUCUUCAAUAACCAUCGACUUCAAAGCCCACUCUCAAGACCAACCCUGCGGCCUCCCCAACGUCACUGUGAAUGGACUCUACCUACCCCACGAAUGGUAUGGUGAUUCGGCUUCCGGCUCAGCUUCGUUCAAAGGCGUCACAGACAUCCAAGAGAAUGCCUGGUACUCACAACACGACUUGGAUCUCGAAUGGGAGUCUUCCUGUCUCCAACCUCAGGACAAGACACGAGAGACCCAGGUGACAUCACCUGACGCCGCCCAGCUCCUUUCCUUGACCAUCAAGGCCAUCGACGGAAAACCGCUUGAAAACCCCUCUGGGUUUACCAUCUCUUACAAGCAACUGUCGCCGCCCGAGCUCCUCAGACUCGAGCGUGCACCCCAACUCUCGGCAAAGGACGCCGUGAAUGCAGAGGCCUGGCGUGAGCCUCCCGCGCAUCUUCGAUUGACCCUCCCCGCGGGCCAGGAGAACGGCGCAAUUUCGGUAGAUGACAACGUCGAGACGACCAUUGAGGAAGAUAUUCGCGAGCUCAAGGCUCUCCAAGCCGAAGUAGAGGCACUCCACAAGAUCAUUGUCGAGAAACAAAAGUCCAUCCAGGCCAAGAAAGGGAACAAGACUCUCAAACAGGAGCUACAGCAGUGCCACAACAUCACCUGUGUAGUCAAAGUCAUCGGCGACAAAGCUCACGGCGCCUGGGACGUUGUUUACGUCACCAUUCGCCCUGGGCACAAGUCCAACGAUUCUCCCUCGGACAUGGGCCGUCCAGAAGACCGCUACCACCGGUUGGGCAACCACAAGCAGACCCCCGAAUCCACAAAGUUCCACGACCAUGAUUCCAAGGAAAAGGCACAGACUGAGACCGAAGAGGUUCACGCCUCGGAAGAUUCCGUUCCUGAUCCCUUCAAUGGCAACAGUUCUCAGACUGGGUCAAAGAAUGUCUACAUCGUCGCCCUCGAGAUCAUUGUCGGUGUCCUUUGCUGCGGCUGUCUCAUGUCUGUGAUCCGCCACCGCUGCAGCUCCCUUCGCACCCGCACAGAACGAGCUGCACGACGCGAGGAACGUGACAGUGCUCGCGCCUAUCGCCGAGCUGCCCGUAAGCUCCGCUGGCAGAACUGGUGGAACGGACGUCGCACCUGGCGCGACCAGGAACGCAUCGCCGACUACGAGGAGAAGCGGUCUCUCAUCAGCGAGCAAGAAUCCAUCCUCGAGGACGCGAUGCAGACCGAGAUUCGCCAACUUCGCGAAGCCCACGGUCUCGUGAACUCGCUCGUGCAAGCCGAGGAAGGACGGCUAUCAAGCCAGUUCAACCGUCCUAACCAGCAGGCACCAUGUCACUGUCGCCAUAACCCACCCCGCCUGCCGCCUCAACCUCCUCAUGCUUACUACCAAUCUCACCAACAGCCAGCUGCUCGGGACAGCGACGCAUUCGACACCCAGCCCCUCUACUCCCCCUCCAUAGCCUCCUCAGUCUACACCACGAACACCGCGAACACCCUCGCCUCGCUCCCGCCGUCCCGACCCCUAUCACGCACAUCCUCUCUCCCAGGAUACCCCUCCUCCAAUGCAUCAACCGCACCCCCCGCCUACGAAUCCGACGAAGACACCUCCGACCACGUCGCCGACGGCUUCCGCCAGUACACCUCCCCCAUCACACCACCAUCAUCAUCAUCGCCAUCCCCAUCUUCCUCUCCCUUCGACGAGGACGACGACACACAGGACAGGGACGACACAAGCACAUCACAAAGCUGGACCACUCCAGACUCCAGCGUCGUAGAUGUCAGCCCACGGCCAUCCGCCGACACCCUGAGGUACCCGGAGAGCAUGUUCACCAUGGACUCGACUACGGCACCCGACGUCAAAACCUAGAUUCCGAUCUUCACCCACGGGUCUUGUCCACGAUGAUAACGCAGCGUAGCGAGCGAGCGAGAGCGGAAGACGACAGACGAAGAAGUAAUACCUAAUAAUUUGUACCUUUUCCAUCAUUUCCGGAGGUCAAGUGAGGGAGGAUUCUCAUUAUGUUCGCGCGUCGGCAUAUGCGAUACAUAACAUAACAUCACAUCACAUACACAAAGGCGUUCCAUUUCAGUUCAUACUCAUCAACCUCGAAGGCGACGUACCUAAUACCUCCCUACCAUCGUCAUCGCCAUCAUCAUCAUCCACAGCAAAAUUCUCAUUUCCUUCUCCUUUUUUUUUCAUUAUUGAAACGAAUAAUCAGGCGUUUCAAGGCGGUUUUUCCCGAGUUUCUUCAAGCUCCGUCUCUUUUUUCUUUUUCCCUUUUGGGCUCGGUUUCA